CCCAAGCCUCCGCCAUCUUGGAUCAGACGAGCUCGGACUCCGGAGGCGACGGGAGGAGACGUCCGCCGAGAAUCGAGGGGCCAGAGAAUAAGGUCAAAAUGCCCGUUCGGGGGAACACAUUUAAAAUAUUUGUAGGGAAUUUAAGUGACCGGGCCACUGGGCAAGACAUUAGGGAAUUGUUUGAACAACAUGGCACAGUUGUAGAAGCAGAUGUCGUGAAGAAUUAUGGCUUCGUACACAUGGAAAAGGAGGAGGAAGGCCAGGCUGCAAUUGAAGCAUUAAAUGGCCACUCCCUACAUGGAAAGCCAAUGGUUGUUGAAGCUUCCACUGGGGCAAGAAAAGGCGGCAACCAGAAAACCAAGAUCUUUGUAGGCAAUUUGCACAAGGACACAAAACUGGAGGAACUGAAGAGUCUAUUUGAGGUGUAUGGCUCUGUGGUUGAAUCUGACAUUCUCACUAACUAUGCAUUUAUUCACAUGGAUGACGAGGCCCAAGCCCAGAGAGCCAUCCGGGAGCUGGACGGAUAUGAGUUGCAUGGUCUGCGGCUGCGAGUUCAGGAGUCCACCUCUCGAGUAAGACAGCAGGCUGGCAUGGGUAAUCCAGACAUGUGUUACCGGUGUGGUUCGGGAGGCCACUGGUCGAAGGAGUGCCCCCGCGACGGACGUAUGGGAGGCUCUCGCUAUCCUGACCGCGAAAGGGGAGGCAGAAACUACGGCAGCCGCUACGACCCCUACCCCCCACCGCCCCCUCCAAGCUAUGCCAGAGAACGUAUGAUGCGAUACAGGGAUGAUUUUGACAGGUAUGACCGCUAUGACCGUUACUAUGAUGAGGGUAUGUAUGAACGCCGAUAUGGGGAUCAUCCUCCCCCACCCCCUCCAAUGCUUGACGACAUCUAUGAGCGACGUCUUCCUCCCCUUCCUCCUCACCCAGACUACCUGCGCUAUGGUCGUCGCUCUCCACCUCCUCGUUACCCACCACCGCCACCACCUCCAAUGCGUGGUUACGGCCCACCGGACCGUCGGCCGUACUAAGCGCGCGCCGUACGCCGGGACCACCGCCACUGAGCCCUCGUUCAUUGGUGCGGACGCGGUAGUGUGGCAUCAGCGUGUAUUUGUAACGUCUCGUGUAGCGUCCGUGUCGGCUCCGCCCGGAUCCGUAGCGCCGCCGUGGCUACGUCGUGCCGCGCUGCUCUAGCAACAAGGGAUGGGCGUACGAAGCUCAUUCAUGAUACCCCCCACGGGCAUUAAUUGCAUAUAUCAUUGUCAGUCCGAUUAUUAAAUCUCUUACUUUAGGGAUAGUAGUGAUUUUGAUUGUCAUGUCGAUUCUUUUUCCGUUAGUUUUAGGAAGUAUUCCCUAAGUUGCCUGUUUUAUAUUUUGGUUUGUGAUGUAGAUCAUGGACUCUUAACAUUAUAUUGUCAAUGUUGAAGCUAUUACAAAUAAAGAAAGAUAUCGUAAUUAUCA